AUGGCUUACGGGGGCACCGCUGGCAACGGGGGCGCGAUGGGCCCCCCUCAGAGCACGCCCACGCCCUUGACCGGGCACUCGUCGACGGGCGGCACGGUGGAGAACGCUUACACGCCCGGCGCGACCGGGGCGGCCAGCUACAGCCCGCAGGACAGCCCGGCGAGCUCCGCCGGAGGCAGCGGUAACGGCCAGCUGCCGAGUUUCGGCUUCACGCAGGAGCAAGUCGCGUGUGUUUGCGAGGCGAUGGUGUCGAAUGUCCAGGUUCUUCAGCAGGCGGGCUCCGUGGAGAGGCUCAGCCGAUUCCUAUGGUCUCUGCCGGCGUGCACCAGGUUGCACCGUCACGAGAGCGUACUCAAGGCCAAGGCGAUCGUCGCCUUCCAUCGGGGCCAAUUCAAGGAGCUCUACAGGAUCCUGGAGAGCCACACCUUCAGCCCGAACAAUCAUCCGAAGCUGCAGGCUCUCUGGCUCAAGGCCCACUACAUCGAAGCCGAGAGGCUGCGGGGAAGGCCCCUCGGCGCUGUUGGCAAGUACCGAGUGCGUCGUAAGUUUCCCUUACCGCGCACGAUCUGGGACGGCGAGGAGACGUCUUACUGCUUCAAGGAGAAGUCCAGGAGCGUCCUGAGAGAUUGGUACGCCACCAAUCCGUAUCCGUCGCCGCGCGAAAAGCGAGAAUUGGCGGAGAGCACCGGCCUUACCACCACGCAAGUCAGCAAUUGGUUCAAAAACAGGAGACAGAGAGACCGUGCGGCCGAGCAUAGUGGCCAGAGGGAGGAUAAAACCCACGGCGGGGGUCUCGGGGACUCCAGCAGCGAGAGUGGCGACGAGACGAAGCGGCAGUCCGGCCAGCAGCAACAGCAGCAACAGCCGUCUUCCUGCGCGGUCCAGCAGCAGCAGCAGCAGCAGCAACAAAUGGUGGACCAUCAGCAAACUUCCGGCAUGUACCAGCUUCCACCGCCAGCCUCCGUUUCAGUUUCCAGCCCGCACUCGUAUCACCAAGGCCACGGCUCGUCCUUGAGUCACCCGCACAUGCAGCACCACGACACGAGCAGUGAGAGCGGCGACGACAAGAGGAAUCUCCAUCAUCAGCUGCAGCAUCAUCUCCAAGUCGGCACCCACGGCGCCCAUGGUUUGGUCCAUCCUACCGCCACCUUGCCACCGCCACCGCCUAGCUGCGCCCAACAGAAGAGUCAGCUGGACUACAUGCAGUACUAUCCGCAGGACUACUUGAUCGGCACGCCGACUUCCGCGGACCUGCAGAAGUCCCUGCCGCACACGGCGACGUCGAUGCAGAUGGGCGCGAUCGCCCCUUCCAUGGGGGGAUUGAGCCCGAUGGGCCCGUCGACGAUGCUGUCCAACACCAUGCAGAGCGUUAACACCAUGAACACCAUGUCGAUGAACGGCAUGGGCAUGGGCGCCUAUCAAGGCAUGAGCUCCAUGGGGAUGUCCACGUCGCACGCGAGUUACCACAGCGGCCUCGUGCUGGGCGAGUACCAUUCGUUGUGACCUUGGGCCCCAAGCACUCAGAGCAAGAGGAGCCAAGAGAAGACUUAAUGCACGUUGGCGGGGCGCGAGAUUCCCGGUCGAUCAAGGUACUCGAGUGGCUUGCCGAAAUUCGGAUCGUCAAUGAAUUAUUAUCGCUGAAGGGAAAACAUAACCGCUGAAAUUUAUUUAACGGAACGUCGUUGAUUAAUAGAAGUCACCGCUACCUCGGGGCGACGUAUAAAUUUAUCGGCAAGUUUUAAUUAUUGAAUAACGUGAGAUUUAUUUGCACUGAAAAUAUCUUUUUCAUCGCAACGAUAAUUUCUUGACGAUCCGAUAAUGUUGAGAUAAGUGGGGAGGAAAGCCUUCUGCGGAUAUAUCGUUGCAUUCUCCUUGAGCUUUUCUCGGUGUAUGUUUAGAGCGUAUAAAGAGCGUCAAAUAGCCGUCUGUCAUAUCGUCGCGUUCGCUCCGGCACUCAUUGUCAGAACGAGUUUCUUAAUUUUUUUUUUGAACGAAAUUUUUUCGGGAUAAAACCACACGUACGAUGAAUUGUAGUAUUUGCAUUCUUUAAUGUUAAUUUGUUAUUUUUCCACUUGAAUACCGCUCAUCUAAAUUUCAAAAAGAGAUAAAUACAUUUACUUAACGUUAUUCUAAUCUCUGGCCAAGAAUGUUUGCUUAUCUGUCCGUGAAAACUCUUCAAAUAUUUUCCCGUAGAAAAAUCGUAUCUCACUCCAGGAAUAUCCGUGAAAAAUCAAAGGACGCCGAAGCGACGAUGACGUUUCCGAACGAAAUAGCAAAAGACAUAUUAGCAUUUUACUUUCCCAGUAUACUCUCGCGGCAAGCCGGCUAGACCGGCUUGUAUUUACCACUAUUUCCAUAAGUAAACAACGGGCGAAAAAUCCCGUCAGCUUUUCUGCCCCGUCACCGUACUUGGCGCCAUACUUUUCUGGAUUUUGCCCGAGCGGAAUAAAUUGCACGAUGAAACAGCGUUUCUCCUCUUUUUUUUUUUGUUUUACGCGAGGUGCACGCGAAAGACGAACGAACGCAACCUACCCUCUUGCCCCCCA